UCUUUGUUCGCGACGCUGCCACGGUAACGCCACUGCACCGACAGUUUCUUUUACCGUAGCUACACAGGUAAUUGAAAGAACUGCAUUGGAUUUUUACUCCAGUAAAAGUAUAUUUAAUCACUGGGAUGGAUUACUAUAUCAGAUGACAACAACGCACGCGGUCCUUUCUUUCUUUUGUGGCUGUUUUUCUACACGUUUAAAGUUGUGCUAGCAACAGGUGUGAAGAGAGCGGAGGUUGAGCUACAGAAAGGCCGAGACGUCGUGGGAGGACCGCACAGGCAAGCAAGAUGAACCAGGAAGAGGUUUUGUCUAAGCUGAAAAAGGAUGUUCGCUCCUUGCUCAUUUCGUCCAAGUUGGGCCUGGAGCCUGAUCAGCUCCGGCGAGACUAUGUCUCAAUGUUAGGGCAUCCCAUGCCCCUGAAACAGCUGGGCUUCGCAAACAUCCUGGAAAUGGUGAAGGAGAUGCCUGAUGUGGUGUCCGUAAACUUCAGGGCAGAUGGUAGCCCGAUCUUAAAGGCUGUUAGUGAUGAGUCCACCCGGAACAUUGAGGAGCUAGUAGCCAAGCAGCGCACAUCUAAAAAUGACAAAAAAUUCAGGAGGGGAGGUGUCAGCUACUUCUCGCCACGCUACUGUCAGCUUCCCCCCCCUGUGUUCCUCCCCAGAAGAGGUCGUGCUCCUCCAGCUCUCCCUGCCCAGCUCAGGGCACAGCUCCGCAUCCUGCUCUCCCAGGGUCCUCUCAGGUUAUCUGUGCUGGAGGCCAGCUACCUGCGCUGCUUUGGCCACCCUCUGCGUGUUCACAACUAUGGCUUCUACUCCACUGGAGAGAUGCUGGAGGCAGCAGCUGACCUGGUCCUCAUCCAGCAGGGCAGGCAGGGCUCAGUUCUGACCCUGAGGGAACACAUGCUUCCCAGGCCACUGAUCAUACCAUCCAGUCCAUCAAGGAGGACUGGACCUACAAAACCACAAUUACCUAGGUGUAACAAGCCAGCAUUCAAAGGGCCAGACAUCAAAGCUCAGACUGCAACAAUAUCUCCAGUGAAGCAGAGUCCUCUGAUCCAGACUUCUACUGAGACAACCUUGGACCUUGUCUGUAAAGAGUCAGCAACUGUUGGUAACAAGCCGAAAAUGGUUAAGAACCAGAAAGCUGAACCACAGCUAUGCCAGGAAGGUCAACUCUUUGAGAAACGUGUCCUCAAGCUGGAAGAGGAGCUGCGCCAGCGAAUCGUUGAGAAUGGAGUAGCUGGUACCAUCAGUCAGGAGCUGAAGGACAAGUUGAGAAAGGUUGUCGGUCAGAGCAGUGAUGGAUUAUCGGUGCAUGAUCUGCCUACUGAGUACACGAGGCUUUUUGGUGAGGAGCUGCCACUGCUACAGAGUGGUUUUGUCAGUGUCACUGAACUGGUUGCUGCCAUGAAUGACAUCUUCCACCUGAAACCUGCAGAAGGUGACAGUGGACACCACUGGAUAGUCACAGACAUACAGGGCAGUGACAGCACACAGUCAGGUGUGUAUACUCAAAGGCAACAGGGGAGUUUUGGUGAUGGUGUGAAGCCGCUACUUAAGAGCUACUACCUCAGCUGUGGAGAGUCUCCUUGGGAAGGUAAACAGGAAGCAGACGACGAUAAUAUCACAACAGAUGAUGAGAAUGAGGAGCGAGAGACCAGUGACGAUUCCAAGACCCAAGAAAUGAUGUCUGAGAUGUACCCUGCCAUUCAGGUGCAUAGCAGCCCUGCCAUACCCCUGGAUGCCCUGCAGAGUCAACGUCUCCGGCCACCGACACGCCACACUGCUCGCGAGUUGGUAGAAGUCCUGGUGGAGCAGGUGGAGUCACCAGGACAUUUCUACAUCCGCUUCAGUGAGAGUGAGGAGGCGCGAGCUAUGGAGGACAUGAUGAUUGAGAUGAGACGAUGUUAUACCUCUCCUGAGGUGUCAGAGCGCUACCGCCUUCCUGAGCAAUUUGUCCGACGGGGUCAGGUCUGCUGCGCAUCACCUAAAGGAAUGUGGUUCUACCGGGUGGUGAUCCAUCAGAUCAUCAGCCGCACUCAAGUUGAGGUGUACUAUGUCGACUUUGGUGAUACAACCAUUGUGCAGACCACCAACCUCAAGUUCCUCAAAUCGUGUUAUUCGGCUCUUCCAGCACAAGCUGUUCCAUCAUCACUCGCUGGAAUUAAACCCACUGCUGGCACCUGGACUGCUAAUGCCACAGCUUCUUUUCAGAAGCUGUGCUGUGAUCGCACCCUGGUUGGUGCUCUUAAUUGUUACACUGGGGAUGUGCUGCAGCUCUACCUGUGUGACACCAACACUGAAAUAGACAUCUACAUCCACACUGUCCUGCUGAACCAGGGGCACGGAACACCCUGCAGCCCCACAGCCAGUGCAGCACUGUGUAUCCAGGUCAGUCCAGUGAGUCUCUACCUGGGAGAGGGAAUGGUUAAUCUGCCAGAGUUGGAAGAGGAGAGGACCCCCAGCUCAGCAAGCACUCCUGAACAGUCCAAGUUGGCUACACUAAAGGUAGAUGAGGAAGAGCUGCCUGCCCUGGAGUUUAUUGAGGACUAUGAGGUCAGCCCCCACUUCCAGGGUAAGCCGGCCAACCCAUUCAAUGCUCUGCUGAAUGACCAAGCCCUCAGCUGUGGUGAAUUGGGUUGGGCCUUGUUCAAUGAAUCUUCUCCUACCAACCCUACUAGUCCCACCUCCAGCCCUUUCAGUCCUCCAGAUCUGAUCCAGACCAAGACAGCCUUGGGUCCCUGUAAAGUUCAUCCUGAAACACUGACCAUGACUACUACUACAACUACAUCCAGCAUCAAUUCCACCUCCACCUGUUCGACACCAGAAAAGGAGCAGCGCUGGCCAAAGGUCGCUGCCCCAUUGUUGGUCAGAGCACCUCCGAUCCUGAGGACCCUUAGCCUCCACACCCCUGACCUGGGCCAAAUCCAGGACUGCACUCAGGGUGCACCUGUUUCUCCACUCCACCUGCGAAACUCUGGCAUCCUAUUUCCCUUGUUUGGGACCAGGUAGGUCGUGCCUCCUACAAUCCACCCCAAACUUACUCCCAACCCAGAUAACUGAACGAGUCAAAACACGAAGGAAUAUUUACAGUAUUUCUUAAUAACUGAUAAAAAAUCUUGAGACUCUUUGGAGAAUCCAGUUUGGGAAUAAUUUUGUCAGCAAGGACAGAGGACUUGAGUUAUGCACUGACUCAUAAAAAAGUGUUAAAAUCAUUUCUAUAAGAAGUUAUUUUCCAUGUCAUUUUAAUCUAAUCUCGAUCAGUUAAAUUGUAUGUUAGGCUCUGUUAGUUUGAUGUUGCUGUAAUUGUAGCACUUUCCGAACAGUUUGGUCUUGGAAGAGAAAAACAAAAAAUACAGGAAAUGGAUGGCUGUUCUUUUUUAAAUGUGAAUAGGCUUGUGAAUGCUUUUUUUUUUUUUUUUUUAACAAUUUCUUUGUUUUGGUCAAGCUUUUUAUCAUUUUCUCUGAGGCCAUCAAGAUGUCUGUGAUGUGUUAAAUGGUUUAAUUUCUUUAAACAUAUUAAUAGUGUUCUGCACUGGGUUAAAACAUUUCAAAAUGCUGUUAUAAUGAAUAUUACAUAAACAUGUAAGU